GUUCUUACGUAAGGUUCUGUGAUUGCGGUGACUGUUGACUUACGCAAAAGUGACAUUAACAUUGAUAGUAGGAGGUAGAAAAAUCUGUUAAAUUAUUUUUAUCAGGAAUUAUGAAUUUUUAAAGAACAAUGAGUGAACUAUUUAAAUCGGCAUUUGAAUAUUUCAGCAGUCCUACUAAUGGACAAAACGAAAAUAGUUUUGUAGGACAUACUAUUGAAAUUUCUAACGUACAAUUGAAAAUAAAAAAAGUGAUUGCCGAAGGAGGAUUUGCAAUUGUUUUUGUAGCUCAAGAUACUGCAACUGGAAAAGACUACGCUUUAAAGAGAUUAUUGGCUGCCGACGAAGAAAGUAAAAAUAACAUUAUUAAAGAAAUAAACAUAUUAAAAAAAAUAUCAGGCCAUCCACAUAUAAUUCAGUAUCUUUUUGCUUCUUAUAUCGAUAAAUCUCAAACACAACACGGACAAUUUGAAUUUUUAUUAGUGACCGAAUUAUGCCCUGGAGGUUCUUUAGUAGAUAUUCUAAAAUCACGUUCAUCUGCUUUUGAUGUUGAGACGAUAACAAAAAUCUUUUAUCAAACAUGCAAGGCUGUUGCACAUCUUCAUUCCCAGAAUCCUCCUAUCAUACACAGAGAUUUAAAAAUAGAAAAUCUUUUGAUAAGCGCCGAAAGUACUAUUAAAUUAUGUGAUUUUGGAUCUGCUACAACUGAUGUAUUUAGACCAGAUAUUUCAUGGACAGCCAACCAUCAUGCCAACCUCGAGGAACAGAUGGCGAAGUUCACUACUCCGAUGUAUAGAGCUCCAGAAAUUGUUGACACUUGGAAUAAUUAUUUUGUUGGUACUCCAGUGGAUGUAUGGGCGUUGGGAUGCAUUUUAUAUACGCUCUGUUAUAUGCGUCACCCCUUUGAGGACAGCGCAAAACUUAGAAUAAUUAAUGCCAAUUAUACCAUCCCUCAGGAUCCCACUUUUUCUUGUUUCCAUGAAAUAAUUAGAGGAUGUUUGCAAGCCAAUCCCCAGCAAAGGAUAUCGAUAACAUGUGUACUGGAAAUGUUAGCAGCUAUAGCAGAAUCGAAUCAAUACGACCUCAAAGCACCUUUAAUUUUAUCUAUACCACAACAAAAAAUUCCGGAACCCCAAUCAUCCUUUUUUGACAUGCCUCCUAAUGACAACUCAAAAGUUCCUCCAACUAGACCUGCUCCUCCGGUAGUCCAAGCAGCAAAAACUUAUUCUAAUCAACAAGUUCCUUCCAAGCUCACUCCCCCUUCUCAACGGCAUAAUAUACCGCCUCCACAAAGACCGGUUGAAAAUAAACAGUCGGGAUUGUUUUCCUCACUUAAAGGAGGAGCUGGGAGUUUUCUGAAAAACCUUAAAGAUACAAGUAGUAAAAUGAUGGCUACAGUACAACAAAGUAUGGGAAGAACCGAUUUGGAUAUCCAUUACAUAAGUUCCAGGAUAAUAGUAAUGCCCUAUCCAUCCGAAGGAUUCGAAUCUACCUACAAAACUAAUCAUAUCGAAGACGUUAGAUUAUUUUUAGAUUCCAGGCAUCCAAAUUUCAAAUAUUCCAUUUAUAAUUUAACCAAUAAGCAGUACCAUUCAAAAUUUGGGGAAGCUCGAAUAGUGGAUUGUUCGUUUGCUUAUCCAGAAACGUUCCGGGCACCUUUAUUAAAUUCCAUGUACCAAUUGUGCGAAGAUAUUUAUCAGUAUUUAGCAGGAGAUAGCAGGAAUGUUGUUGUUAUCCACUGUAUGGAUGGAAAAGCAACUUCCGCAACACUUGUUUGUGCGUUGCUUAUUUAUGCGGGGCUUUUCCAAGUACCAGAAGAUGCUCUUCAAAUGUUCGCUGUUAAACGAUGUCCUCCCAAUAUGAGACCAUCAGAGCUACGAUACCUCUACUAUUUAGCGGAUAUUGUGAAGGAACCACCACUGUAUCCGCAUUAUAAUCCUGUUACUUUAGUUUCCCUACAAAUGCAACCCAUACCUUUGUUUACGAAAAUUAGAGAUGGUUGUAGGCCUUACGUAGAAGUUUAUAGCGAGAAUAGAUGUAUUUUAUCCACGUUACAAGACUAUGAAAGAAUGAGACUGUUCAAUAUAACCGAAGGAAAAUGUCUCCUUCCUAUAAACGCCACGGUUUGUGGGGAUGUUUGUGUGAUAGUUUACCACGCUAGGAAUAUAUUAGGUGGUGUAAUGACACAGGGUAAAGCGACCGGUAUUAAAAUAUUUCAGAUACAAUUUCAUACUGGGUAUAUACCCGAAGAGGAUACAUGUUUGAGGUUUACAAAGUCUGAUUUAGAUGAUUUAGCCGAAGGUCAAGAUCACUUUCAAGAUAGAUUUAUGGUUAAUCUGAAUGUUUUUGUCACUGAUACCGAAAAGAAACCUUCACAACCGGCUCCUUGGUUAACUGAUCAAACUAUACGUGUUGUCGAUACAAUGUUUACAUCUCAAUUAGAACAAGGAGAAACUAUAGAUAAUUUUGUUAGUACGCCUGCUACUAUUAAGAAACCGGAAAUGCCACAAAAGAGGCCACCUGAAAGACCGUCCAGACCACCACCUCCUUCAACGAAUGUUUUACAAGAUAAUGAAGAAUCUUCUGAUUUAGAACAAGUAGUUACAAAAUCAAAUCUCAUAGAGUCAGAUAUAUUAAUAGAAGCAGUUGAUCUGUUGAAUCUUAACUCCUCGUCCACAAUAAAUAAUUCUAAUGAAAUAUCUGCAUCCCCUAGUACCAAUUUUGAUUUAUUGAGCCAGUUAGGUGGAGAUAAUGAAGUAAAUAAUUUCACCCCUUUCAAUUCGGCUCCUGUUAAUAAUGAAGUUAACGAUAACAGUAAAAUGUUCGAUCCUUUUGCGUCGUUAGAUGGUGCUGGAGAUGGUAGUAAUCUAUUAGGAGGAUGGAAUCAUUUUACCUCCUCAAAUCCCGCUCAAAAUUCCAUACCACAAAGUAACGCAAAAGAACAGAAAUCGACUGAUCCAUUUGCUGACUUAGGUAAUAUAGGAAAAGGCCUAAACUUUAAGUCUACCACUUACCAAUCUACUAGUGGAUCUCAUACUCCGAAUACAGGACCACCGACAACACCCCAACACGGUGUAUACUCAUCAAAUUCCAAUACCGCAACGCCCAAACAUCAAGCAAAAUCGCCUAUGAGCAGUGCAGAUUAUAACCGUGCACAUUUCGAUGCUCUAAACAAAAAUCAACCCAACGAACCAAAGGUUAAACUGAAAAGUGACGAUGUUUUCGGUGAUCUAUUGGGAUCUCAGGGCUACAGUUUUACAGGAAAAAAGGAAAACGUUCCUAGAACUAUGAAUGCCAUGAGAAAAGAGGAGAUGGCUGCUUAUGUAGAUCCAGAAAAGAUGAAGAUUAUGGAAUGGGCGGAGGGAAAGAAAAAUAAUAUACGCGCUCUAUUAUGUUCGAUGCACACCGUUUUAUGGGAAGGUGCAAAGUGGAAUAAAUGUGAAAUGCAUACACUUGUUUCACCUGCCGAUGUUAAAAAAGCUUAUAGGCGAGCUUGCUUGGCAGUUCAUCCAGAUAAGCAAACUGGUACAGAAAAUGAGAAUUUGGCGAAGCUGAUAUUUAUGGAACUGAAUAAUGCUUGGAGCGAUUUCGAAAAUGACGCCUCCCAGCAAAAUAUGUUUUCUUAACUGACAUAUUUUAUGAUAAGGCUAAAGGUUUUACUAUUUUUUAACAUUCCGGUACUGUAAUAAUAUAAAUUAUUUACUUUAGAGUUUACGUACUCAUAAAAUAGAUGAUUUAACUAUAGCUCUAUGAAGUUAUGAAGAGAUCUCCGCAGUAUUACGUGUAUAUCUUUUUUUAGAUCGAUUAGAUUAUACAUUUAAGAAAAUGUGUUUCCUUAACUUAUUUAUAGCGCUACUAUAGGCGGAAUUAUAGCACAAUUUAUAAUUAAAAACAUUGAAAUAUGAACAAAAUUACAAUCGUAAUUAAUUUGAAUUAAAUCUGGAUUGAUUUGUUUCCAAUAAUAUAAUCAUUUUAUUUAAUACACCCAUUAUUUGGUCCUUCGAGCCGUAUUUGAAUGUUUAGAAGGCUCGAAGGACCAUAUAGUGUCAUUUUGAGUGAUGUAUCUCGUUUGGUUCUAAAAUGUGUUUCUUUAGUAAUUUAAAUUCCUCUGGUUUCAGUCCAAUUAUUUCUCCCUAUGUUUUCCAACUACAUCUAACAUAAUAAUUACUUAAUAUUUCACUGUAUUGUGCUUAGAAACAGGAUUUUAAUUAAUGAGUCCAAGAUCAAGUCAAAGUAACUACACUAAAACUUUAUAUUUGGUCCUUCGAGCCAAAUUUGAACUUAUGGAAGGUUUAAAGGACCUAAUAGUGUAAUUUUGAGUGUGAAUAUCACAAUUUCAGUUCCUGUAUCUUCUUUGGUUAUAAAAUGUGUUUCUCUAAUAGCUUAAACUGUUCUCAUUUCGGUCUAAUUAUGUCUCCCGCUGAUCAACUACAUUAAUAUAAUAAUCGCUUUGUUUCUCUCACUGUACAGUCCUUAUUUACAAUAUUUCAAUUCACGAGUCCAAGAUCAAUUUAAAUUUACUAAACUAUUGCUCAUAAUUACUCUGUUUGGUCCUUCGAGCCAUGAACGUUUAGAAGGCUCGAGGACCAAAUAGUGGAAUUGUGAGUGUGAAUAUGAAAAUUUCAUUUCUUUCGGUUCCAAAUAAUGGUUAAGUUUCUCGAAAAAAUAUAAUUUUCAGCAGAUAUUACUGUUCAUAAUGAACUCUAACAUUCAAAAUUACAGUGUCUGGUUCUUCAAGCCCUAUAUUGAAGGCUCGAAGGACCAAAUAUGUUCAAUACGAGUAUCAUCCAAAAUUUUAAAUAAUAUCAUCUUACAAUACAGUUAUUAGUUAUUUUGACAUAGACAAAAUACUUAAGAGGGUUAAAUUUGUUGAAAAUAAAAAGAAUAUAUGAUAUUACUUAUUUGCGUUAUAGUGAUCUUUUAUGUUUACCGAUAUAUUCUAUUUUUAUAUUGUGACUGUGUUAUUGAGAUAGGAAUUUUAAAAUAAUAAAAGGAGGAAAUUAAGAGAUUCCGAUGUUUGUGGAUGUUACAAUAUUAAAAAUAAAAUUUGUCUCAGUAUAA